AUGAAGGUCGACGACAUGACGGCUCAGCUCGAGUCGAUGCUCGCCCAGCGCGAGGCAGCGCCCCAGCCCGAGGGCACGACGGGGCCCGCGCCGGCCGUCCGUCGCACGGUGGACGAGGUGUACGCCGACCUGCAGACGUCGCCGCUCUUCAUGACGGAGCUCGACGAGGACAACGAGACGGUGGCGGCGCUGCAGGCGCUCGCCUUUGAGGGCACGCCGCUCGAGAACGGCACCAACUUCAAGGACCAGGGCAACGAGUGCUUCCGCGCGCGCCGCUGGGCCGACGCCCGCGCCUUCUACACCCAGGGCAUCGACGUGCUGCUGCCGGGCGAGCGGGCGCGGCGGCGCGGCGCGACGACGCGCCGGACCGAGCGUGAGGUGACGGCCGACGGCCGCGAGGUCGAGACCGAGGUCGACGACGCGCCCGCCGACGUCGCCGCCCUGCGCGCCUGCCUCGAGGCCCUCUACGUCAACCGCGGCGCGUGCGAGCUCGCGCUGCGCAACCACCGCGCCUGCUGGCUCGACUGCGGGCUCGCGCUGCGCCUGAACCCGCGCAACGUCAAGGCCCUGUACCGCUCGAGCCGGGCCCUGCUGGCCGUCGGCCGCAUCGACGACGCCGACGACGCCUGCGCCCACGGCCUCGCCGUCGACCCGGAGAACGAGGCCCUGCGCACCGUCGCCGGGGACAUCGUGGCGGCCGCCGCGCAGCGCGACGCCAAGAAGAAGGCCGACGACGCCCGCGCCGACGCUGCGCGGCGCAGGGCCGCCGACGCCCGCGUCCGGCUCGUGCCGGACGAGGAGGACCCGCGCAGCAGCCUCGUCGUGCCCGUCGUGCUGCUGUACCCGACCGACCUCGAGUCGGACUUUGUCAAGGCCUUUGGCGAGGCCGACGUGCUGGCCGACCACCUGCGCUACAUCUUCCCGCUGCCCUGGGACCGCGCCGCCGACUACACCCUCGACGCCACCGAGUGCUACGUCGAGACGGUCGCCGGCGGCCUGAUGAAGUGGGGGAAGAAGAUGCCGCUGCUCAAGGUCCUGGCCUCCGGCAGCGUCGAGAUUGUCGAUGACGUCUUCAAGGUCUUCGUCGUGCCCAAGGCCAAGGCCGCCGCCUGGGUGGAGGACUUCAAAAUGAAGAAGGCGGCCGAGAAGAAGCAUCUUGUGGUUGGAAAAUAG